AGCAGGAGGAGGAGGAGGAGAUCUGAGCUUUUGCCGGAGACCACACUCCUGAUUCUGGACCUCGGCCACCCUGCUUCUCCCCCGGCUGUGUCUCUGCCAAACUGUCUGGGGGUGCUGUUUAAGGAGCAGCCCCAGGUGGGCACGCCUUGUCUUCUCUGGAAUGAAGGAUUGCCUCAGUGUGCCAUUUUCAAUCUCCCAGAAUACUUGCUGUUGCCAGAAUUUUACAGGAGGGGGAAAAUCUGCCCAAAUAUGCAGGGCCUUCUGGCGCAGUGCUGCGAUUGGCCAGGUCGGACACAUCUGAGUGGGCCUCCGUGGACGUGGCCAGCGGUGAUGAAAGGGUGACGGGUAGAACCCCCCCCCCCACCAGGGUGUGGUGAUUGAGGACAGAUGACUGGAGUUGGUGUGGGAGAUCAGGCUGAAAGAAAUGGCUGCUGGGAAGGCAGGAGUGUGGCGACCAGCUGUAACAACACUGGCCGGCGUGCGUUACCGAUCUCCAGUGGGCCGGCGUGCCUUCUGCCGUGUUCCGUCGGGUUCUGCGGCUGAGUGGUUUGUGUAGCUUUCUCUCACUUAAAAACAUCAGCCUGAAUCAUUCAACGUAGCCUGUGUUCACUCCUGAUUUACAAGAAGUACUCCAAUCUGAUAACCGGGCCGUAUGUGUCCGAGAUCUUACUGAAACCGUGUGAUGUCAGGGUCUCCCGUGUCCUGCAGUCUGAUCUCUGAUGUGUUGAUACAAUCUUAAUGGGUGAGAGAACUAAACAAAGGCGCACAGCAUAAAUGUCAAACAGCUGUUUGUCAUUCCAUUUUACGAUAAUAUACUGUUUUCAUGUAUUCAGUGUGUUAAAUUGGUUUUUAAUUAAAAUCCAACUUGAUGCAUUUUGUUGCAUCUUGAUUAACUGUUGCUGGUACAGCUGACAGGAGGCCAGAUCCUGUACACUACUAACUGAAAUGGAUGGUCUCCCAUAUCUUGGGGUUGAGUUACUUUAACUUCCUUUCAGGGAAAUUGCAUUUUUGUUUAUUUGGUAGAUGCUUUUAUCCACAGCAGCAUAAUGUUUUGAGAAAGUAGGCUGAGCCAGAUCCUGGAGGUAAUUGGGGGUUAAAGGUGUGUGUCUCAAAGCCCAAUGGUGACAUCACUCUGCUGACCCUGGGAUUUGAACUGCCGACCUUCCGAUCACAGGCACAAUACCCUGCCCUGCUGAGUCUUACACCAUGUAUGGUUGGGUUACUGAAGCCAGCCGCUAAUGGGAAUGGAGCACUUUCACGGAGCCUGGAAGACCAUAAGCAACGGCUUUGGUUUUAAGGAUUCGGUGUUUGAAGACUCCUGCAUGUCGCCCACUAUCGUCCAAGGCUUCGCCUAUCAGCGCCGUUCGUCCGGCGACGGCAAGAUCACCGACUCGCCCAAGACGAGCAGCACCAUCCGGGUGUACCUGCCUAACAAGCAGCGGACCGUGGUGAACGUGCGGCCCGGAAUGACCCUCUACAACUGCCUGAUCAAGGCCCUGAAGGUUCGAGGGCUUCAGCCCGCAUGCUGUGCCGUCUUCAGGCUGCACCCCGGACUGAAGAGCAAGAAGUCCCGCAUGGAUUGGAACACAGACUCUACCUCGCUGAUCGGGGAAGACCUGCUGGUGGAAGUCUUAGACCACGUGCCCCUGACCACGCACAACUUCGUCCGGAAGACGUUCCUGAAGCUGGCGUUCUGCGACAUCUGCCAGAAGUUCCUGCUGAACGGCUUCCGGUGCCAGACCUGCGGUUAUAAGUUUCACGAGCACUGCAGCACCAAAGUGCCCACGAUGUGCGUGGACUGGAGCAACAUGAGGCAGCUUCUCCUCUUCCCGUCUCCGGGCGAGAGCGGUGGCCAUUCCCUGCCGCCGCUCUCAUCGCGGCGUGUUCGGGACUCCAUCUCCCGCUUACCCUCCAGCUCUCAGCACAGACACUCUACCCCCCAUGCCUUCAGUGAUGUGACGCCCUACCCGUCCUCUGGGGGCUCCCUCUCCCAGAGGCAGAGGUCGACCUCCACGCCCAACGUGCACAUGGUCAGUACCACGGCGCCCUUCGACGGCAGCAUAAUUGAGUUCGAUUGCCUGAACGUGUCCCCUAGCUCCUGGUGUCGCCGUUUUUGCCUGAAGAGAAGAGUCGGUAUCGUUCACUUAACCAGAGCCGUAGCCGACGCUAGACAAGGCCCCCCAGAAACAGUCAGAAAUGAUGUCCUGAUAGGUGGUGAUACUGGGAGUCCGCAGAACCAGAGCCCGACGGGCUGGUCCCAGUCCAUGACCCUGGCCCCCGCGCACAGGGAGAGGGCCCCCUCCAGCAACACGCAUGAGAAAAAUCGAAUCCGGCCUCGUGACAAGCGAGACUCCAGUUACUACUGGGAGAUAGAAGCCAGCGAAGUGACGCUGCUGUCCCGGAUCGGCUCCGGGUCCUUCGGGACCGUGUACAAAGGGAAGUGGCACGGUGAUGUGGCCGUGAAGAUUUUAAAGGUCGCUGAUCCAACUCCGGAGCAAUUCCAGGCCUUUCGCAAUGAGGUAGCAGUUCUGAGGAAGACCAGACACGUCAACAUCCUGUUGUUCAUGGGAUACAUGACGAAAGAGAACCUCGCCAUCGUGACGCAGUGGUGCGAUGGCAGUAGCCUCUACAAACAUCUGCAUGUGCAGGAGACCAACCUGCAGAUGUUUCAGCUCAUCGACAUCGCCAGGCAGACUGCCCAGGGCAUGGAUUAUCUACAUGCAAAGAAUAUCAUCCAUCGGGACAUGAAGUCAAACAAUAUCUUCUUACAUGAAAGUCUGACGGUAAAGAUCGGAGACUUUGGCCUGGCUACUGUGAAGGCCAGGUGGAGUGGCUCCCACCAGGUGGAACAGCCCUCUGGUUCCAUACUGUGGAUGGCCCCUGAGGUCAUUCGCAUGCAGGACAGUAACCCGUACAGCUUCCAGUCGGACGUCUACGCCUACGGCAUCGUGCUCUACGAGCUGAUGACGGGAGAGCUUCCGUACGCCCUGAUCGCUAACAGAGACCAGAUCAUCUUCAUGGUUGGCCGGGGCUACCUCUCCCCAGACCUCAGCAAGCUGUACAAGAACUGCCCCAAAGCCAUGAAGAGGCUGGUCGCUGACUGCAUCAAGAAAUCCAAAGACGAGAGGCCCUUGUUCCCGCAGAUCCUGUCGUCCAUAGAGCUCCUGCAGCACUCGCUGCCUAAGAUAAACCGCAGCACCUCCGAGCCCUCUCUGCACCGCGCCUCGCACACAGAGGACAUCAACUCUUGCACUUUGACCGCUACAAGGCUGCCCGUCUUCUAGGCCGUCAUGGUCCGACCCGAUGCUGAGCCAGAACCCCCGCCCCCCUGCCCUCCCCGGACCCGGUAGAGACUGAUGUGCUUGGCUACCCAGAAACUGCAGAGCAACUGGGUGAAUUUGUACAAAGCAGGCCUUGGGCUGGCGGCCUGCCGUCACGGCAGAGGCCUGGGAAUAGACAGGACAUUUAUGCUCUCCGAUAGCAUGUGCAGUGCUUUUGUUUUCCUUUGCUGUCCUGACCUCGUAACUUCAGAAUGGAAGAUUUUUUUUAAAAUUUUUUUUUUUUAAAUACAGAAAAGCUCUUUAUAAAAACACUUAACUUUAAGGCGAAUGAGGCAGGGUUUUUUAUUUUAAUAAGCCCUUGGUAUUUCAUAGCCCUGUUUGUUUUAACUCUGCUCAUUUGUAUGCUUGAAUUUUGUUUCCCUCCCAAUUCAUGUCUAGUUUCUAGCAUAGUGUCCAAUAUGUAGAAUUUACCACCUUUAAAUUUUACACCAUGACCAUCAAACCUGGAAAACAACUGUCCUGGUUGUCUGGAUGUCUGUUUUCCAAUUCUUUAUUCCCUAGUUCAGGACAUGGUUUCACAGUUUAGCUUUUUAGGGCUGUUUAUAAAAUAAAUCAUUCUGCUGUCUUUCUAUUGUGGGAGGGGGAUUUGAGGGCAGAGAAUGACUGCUUUGUUUAAGGUCUAACUGAUUUGGGAUUUUGACAUGUUUGGACCUCGUGCUUGUUAUGGAGGAUAAACGUGUUGUAAACUUCAAGAUUUGUUUAUCCAGUGUAUUUUAAUAAAAUUAAGUUAAAUGCAUUCCUUUCUGGAAUGGAAA